ACAGAUGUAAACAAGAAUUUGAUUUGAAUUAUAUACGUUGUAACGUAAACUGUGUAUUGUCGCUAGAAGUGCGGUGCCUCGAGACCUUGCUGACUCGUUUUAUCGCAGCGGGAAGAUGCAAACGCAGACGUGAAAAUCUUUUUAAUUGUUGUGACGAGAGUGUAAACACACGCGCGCGUUUGGCGUAAUAAGUGACGCGCAUUUGUAUAUUGUAACCUAAGACCUAAGACACUCGGUAUUAAUAAUAAGCAACAUUCGAGCGAUUGUAAAUAUUAAAGCAAACGAAUAUACGCUCCGUUCGAUCGUCGCGUUCGUUGUACGCGUCGAGAAUUUAAUAUAAACGUUCGCGAGAAGCGUGAGCGACUGAAGUGAUUCGGCGAGCAAAGAUAUAAGAGAAUGUUUCACAGACAUUUAGUAUGGAAUACGAUUCGGAAUCGAGCUGCGAAGAUCGCGACUUGAGAGAUUUCGACAAGUCGAACGAGCCAGCGCGUUCGUUGACAGAAGCGCCCGAAAAAUGCACUCAACAACACAAUCACCACCACCACACCUCGUGCCAUUCCUCGCUCACCAUCGCGGAACAACCGUCGAGAUUCGCGUCGAAUGCAGCGAAAAAGAAUCUGUCUGCUCAGGUGAUGGAAUAUUAUCACAAGUAUUCCCGAGAUUCUAAUCUGGAUCAAUAUUUUUCGCUACCCGUGUCGAACACUCCCCAAGAAGCUGUUAAGUACUAUUACAGUGUGUACGAACUGAGUGCUCAGGUUGGUGGUUCGUCAAGCAGACAAGAUUGCAUAGGAGAGGAAUACAAUUUGAAGUCUUACGUACCAAGAGAGAGACGUAGAUGGGUAAGACCUCCUUUGAUCGGACAAUCUUCGAGUACGGAUGUUUCGUCUAGAUACGUGCAAACACUGACAGAUCUCCAAACGCCAUCGCCUGAUUCCAAGCAAACUACACCGGAAACGAUAAACGAAGACAAAAGCAGCAGUCAAGAAAAAUUUUUAGAAACAAGCGACAGAAAGAUAUCUUCUCCAACUUCCAGCGUAGCGUCGUACAAGCCAUUGGAAUGGGACAGCGGCGCAGAUGUUGGUUACUGUAAUUUGUUAGCUAAUAGCAAGCAGGAUGAAAAAAAAUUAAGUACCAUAGAACGCAUGGCUCUUGCGCGAGGAUGUUCCGCUGCUUUGCGAUUAGAUCCAGAAGGUACAACUGAAUCUGGAAUACAGUCUGGAAAAAAUACGGCAACUCAGAGUGGUCCGAGGUCAUCGGCAGCUCCCAAUGCUAAUUCCACGCCUUUGGUUGGAAAUGUUCUUUCUGGAUCGGAGAGUGAAAUAGAAAUAACACCUAUUGUGAAAAACCAUUUGCCAGGUAUCAUCACAGGAGAUAACAUAAAAUCGCAAGAAAGAUAUGCGUUGAACGAGCCCGCACAACCAAAAGCUAUUGUAAAACCAACGAAGCAUGAGAUACAAAAUUUUGAUACAUCUACAUUUUCAAAUCCGUUCAAAGUACCGUUGCUGAAGGACACAACGUUAGAGAGAAGAAUCUUGAGCAAGGAGAAAGAAAUUACACAGUUACCGCUUUCGCCAUUGAAAAAAAGCAUCUCGAUGAAUGUGAUUCCCCCUUUGUCGUCGAAAUCAUUCUUAAAAAGAAGUCAGAGCGAAUUAAACUUGCACGCUAAAGAGAAAAAAACCGUAUUGCCUUUAAUCUUCAACUCUACAUCUUCUAUCACGACUGUGGUGAAUAAACCUGCCACUUGCGACAAAGUAAUACAGACGAGUCUUGAAGUGUGCUCUCAGGAAUCUGUGGGUGUUCAAGUUUCGGAUCUUGAAGAGAACAAAUUGCCGAUAGCGGACGGAGAGUCCACCGUGCAAACGGUACAUUCUAUCCUAAAAAAGUCCAAAGGUACGUACAAAGUUAAACAUCCGAAGAAAAGCGAUUCCGCGCAUUCAACGGUUAACGUCGACGUCGAUAAUGAAGGAGCGAAGAAGAGUCAGAAGCGUCGGAACAGCUCAGAUAUUUCGCAGAACGCAUCGACUUCGAUAACGCCGCAACCCGAUGAGACAGAGAACGCGUCCGGGAAAGCUAACAGCUUCGAAUAUUUUCCAGGUCACACUUACGCGAACGUAUCGAAGGAGAAAGAUGAUCACGUUUCCUCGGAUACAGGCAGAUCGAAUUCGACAUUGCCAAACAGCAGUUCCAGUGUUAAUGAAAAACUCUGGGGAGAUUCGGACAGCUUGGUCCGAGAUCUCGAGAGAAGCGUGAACAUUUUGAAAAGUCUCGUUGACGCCAAUAAAUGCGACAAGCAAGUUAAGAAACGACUGAUACAGCAUGUAAUCAAACGUCUCGUGACUGCGAAAUACACAGACGAUAAAAUCGAACAUAAUUUAGAAGAUAAUGUUCCUUGGAAUCCAGACGAUGCCAGGAACAAGGUUUACAGAGCUGAGUUGCUUCAGGCUUUAACGAACAAGCACAGCACCACCGACUCGUCGGAAGAAUGGAACUCGCGUAAGAAAGACACGUCCGCCCAAAAAUCCGUGGGAACCAGCGACGUCAUAAAGGAAGUGACCUUGGGAAGCAGCAACAGCGAUAAAUUCGAUCGAAACACAGACAGAACGGAAAUGGACGGUAGAAAGGCGCGAUUAGGACUGAGAACGGACGACUGUCAGCAGAGCAGCAACACACUUACGGAUCCUGAUAAAAGCGAGAGCUCCGAGUGCUUUGUACCUCAACGUAAUCACAAGAACCCUAAAGUAAACGACAUAUUUUGUUUCAAAGAUACUUGCAAAUUGCCGCACAGAGAAUCAACCACAACGAACAGUAUACCUCCGGAUCACAAUAGAAUUUUAUUGGACGCUGUCGUGAACAACAGAAGAACGCCUGUCGAGUCUAACAAUAAUACGGACAACAAUACCGAUUGGCGAUUACCGACCACGUCGUCGGAGAGGCAAUUUGAGUUAAAGAAGUGUAGUAUGUCCGAGUCCGGUGAUUCGAAACUCGUUAAUUAUGCCGAGAUGGAGAAGAGAAAUCAACUGAUUUGGAUCACAAAUGAGAUCAGUCAUCUUUGUAACUUGAAGAAAUUAUUAGAACAGCCCAGACGAUUGGAAAGACCGAAAACUUCGCCGAGAAAAACAAAAUCAGCAAAUAUCAAAUCGAAGCAAACGGCGAUACUUCGGCGGGAACAAUACGCAGAUGCUACGACUAGGAGCACAUCCGAUCUGCGAGAAGAUUCUGUAAACGAUCUGUGGUCGUCUCACUGUAACUUGGCAACGUGCGAAGCUGCGAGCAGCAACAUAAUUCAGAGGGUAAUGAAGCGUAAUAGUUGCACACAAACAGCCGCGAGCGCAGCUGUUGCUUAUUCGAAAACCGGAGGAGAGAUUGUAUCUGCGUCCAAAAUGCGGAACAUCGCAACGAAGCACGUCGAUGUCGGCGUGCAAACAAUACCUCCUCCUCGGGAAACAUCAUCGUCGACGCCGGUAGAAUCGGACACGUGCAACGCAAAAUACGCGAAUGUUCACGAAUCGUGCGCGCAUCAUCAGUCUAACGCCAAAUGCAAAGAUCAAUCGUGCCAAACGCAUACUACUCGCGUUGUGCAAUGCUCGCGAUGUAAUCAGAAUUCGUCUGACACGAUCAAAUCGCGAAAGGACUUCGAGGAAGACGCGUCGAUUGUCACAACGCAACAGACGCAACAAACGCAAACGAAUUACGCGAGCGACAAUAGCGCGACGGAACAACUCACUUUGCGUCGCACGCCUCAAACAAACGGCAUACAACAGAAACAAAAAGAAACGAAGAAUCAGAUAAAUGUUUCAAAGUCAAAAUGUAGCUGCACUCAUGACGUUUACGCGUCUGUUAGCGAUAAUAAAUAUAGCUCGAACAUCGCUGAAACCAAACGGGCUGAACAUUACAAACCAUCAACGACAUGCCGAUUGUGUUCUAAGCCGAAGUCCGGUGUGGAUGUUAAUAAUACUAAUACUGUUUAUAUAUGCAAUGUGUGUCAAACAAAUUCCACCUGCACGCACGAAGACACAUCGAGGAACGGUCAGGCACGCGCUCGCGCGUUGUGUGAACACAACGAUGUUCCUGUUAACGGUGCGGAUAGAAGAGUUAUUAUUGACAAAUCUCGACAGAACGGUAACGCGGAAAAUCAGAGCAAACGUACAACGGCGAAGUACAACGAACAAUUUGACGCUGGAAAAAUUUGCGAUUGCGCGAGCGAUUGUGCUGUGUGUCGCACUCCGAAAAUCACGGAAGCGUUAUGCGAAUGUCGUUCGAAAAUAGCGGAGCAUCAAUUGCAAAUUUAUUCCGAUGGGUCGCAAGACAGCGACACGGUUCAACAACGUAGAGUACAAAGUAGGUUAAAAUGCGAUUGUGAUGAGGCUUGCUCCUGUAGUAGUGGUAAUCAAGCAAAGAAUGUUGUCAAAGAGAAAGUAUGCAGAAGUUUAUCAAAUCCAAAUUUUGUGAACGAUAUCGAUAUUAAUGAGACCGACAGAAAUUGCAAGCAUUGUCGCGUGUGCGGUGCAAUGUAUCAGAAUACGAAAAAAUGCAGCUGCCGUCAAACUUAUCCCAAAGCUGUGGCUUAUGAAUUAUCGUUCGCAAAAAAAGGUACUUCAAGGAGUGAAACCUCCAACGUUGUUCAAUUAACGCCAAACGUUUCCAAGCAACCGUUGAAAACGGUAAAAUCCGAGGCUUGUCUUUGCGAUAUAAAACGUAACAACAAAAAUGUUCGUCAAAAGAGUACAUUGCAGGAUUAUUUAUCAAGAAACAAUCCCGAGUUCGUCGGCAAUGCGGAAACACGCCGGCAAUAUUUGUCAGAAAUAUGCCAGUUACGAGAGUUAAGAAAAGAAAAACGAAUACAGUUGAUGGCAAUGGCCAGUACGUCAAAUAUUAUUAAAACUUCGCCAAUACGGAAACCAACAGUUUCCUUACAGCGUAAGAUCACCGAUGAAGAAAUGAAAGAACGCUUACGUAGACGAUAUUUGCGGCUAAAUGAAGUUCGAGCUAAGAGACGGCAACAGGAACGGCAAGAAGAAACACGUCGAAACAAGCUUAUGGCAAAAAUCUUUUGCAAGAGAUUGCAGCAAAAAGUUUUACGGGGCCAAGUAGACUUGUCCCAAAGCAUUAGCGUUAUAUCCAACUUGUAGAAUUGUUAGCAUCUUUUUGUGUGCCUUUCCAAUCGUAAAUGUUCACCACACAAGAACUAUUUUGUGAAUUUUGUUAUUACGAUGAGGUUUUCUGUCUGCAUCUGGGAACAGAAAGUAAGCAAGUUUUAACAAAGUCCAAGAGAUGGUUCUUGAUGCGUUACCUGAAGUUUUGUAAGAAAAUCUAUUUUUAGACAAGCGAUAGAAGAGUCUUAAACUGUUUCAUUUCUUUCAACGAAACAUACAUAUGCGUUCUAUACUUCAAUUGUAUUAUCUCAGGUAGGUGCAUUGAAAUUUCAUUACGAUAUGUAGUGUGUGUGUGCGUGUGUGUUCUUCGGGAAAAUUGCAUACAUUAGUCUCGAAUUUAUUAAUCUAUCAGAUAAUAAAUUUGAGCCUGUGCUGUAAAAUUACACACACGUAACUUUUUCUCAUUAACUUUAUCUCUGAAAGUGCAAAAUAUAUAUAUAACAUGACACUAAAUAGUACAAAAAUAUAUUGAAUCUCUUUUUAUAUAUACGCGCGAUUUAUAUGUUUUAUAUAUAUAUAUAAUAGUAGGAAAGUGGCGAAUUCGAGGCAAUAACUAGAUCUUCGUGUCAACAAACUUCUUUAUUUCAAAAACUUUGACAAAUGUUUCGACCUUAAUUUGGGUCUUCUUUAGUGUACUUCCUGUAAGUGUCAAACUUUGUAAUUUGGGAUACGCGUUAUCAACCCCUUGCGUAAGAUUGUUUAAUAUAAUUUAUAAUUAUUAUAUGUGUAAUUAUUAUAUGUAGUACACCGAAGAUCUGUUUAUUGCCUCGAAUUGGUCACUUUCCUACUAUUAUAAGUUUUCACGAGGAAGAAUA